AUGCCACCAUCCUGUACUUGUGAUGGGGUUCUUGGUGUUGGUGUUGGUGUUGGUGUUGGUAUUGAUCUUGGUGUUGUGGGUGUUCUGGGCACUGAGGAGCGCUGUGACUGUGCCGGCGCAAGGAUUCAAUUCGACCUGACGUGCGAGAUCCGUAAAUUAUGCCGAGCAGAGGUCCAUUCAAGCCUCAACAAGUCCGCACUCAAUUUGAUGCAACCUCCGCCGAACCCGGUUAAGUAUCGGUUAAGUAUCGGUCGGAUUGAGGAUGAUACAUUCAGUGCGGAGACCAAGCUGUACGAAGAUUCAUGCUGUCUCGUACGUCAAUUCGCGCUUAACGACUUAACGACUCAGAGAUAUCUUGGAUAUCUCAAGAAACUUGGGAUCACGUGUAACAAGAUGGCCCUCAUCGAGGAAGAGGUCGAGAUAGACAAGGUUAUCGUGCAGGAGGACUUCAGCUACGGGGAUCACGCGCUGCAGAAACUGACUGUCUAUCACCACUUCGGAGAGAACAAGUCCCCCGAUGGAGGUGGGCUCUUCCUGAUCUACAUCCAUGGCGGAGCCUGGCGUGACCCUACCAUCACCGACAAAUCCUUCUACCCGACGAUCCGCCAUCUCUACUCAUGCGACUCUUACCGAGAAUUGAUGAACGCCCACAUCACCGCCAUAGCAUCCCUCUCCUACCGCCUCUCCGCUCAUCCAGCCCACCCACAGCCCCCGUCGACCCCAACAACAGAGCUCAGAGAAGCCAGGCAUCCAGACCAUCUCCGGGACGUCAUCUCCGCCAUCUCUUUCCUCCAGGCCAAGUACAGGUUCGGGAGCCGCUAUAUGGUCGUCGGCCAUUCCUGCGGGGCGACUCUUGCCUUUCAGAGUCUGCAGCUGAGGGAGAGCGUGAAAACUUCUCGCGCUGCUCCGGUGCCGUUUGAGAAUCCAGAGGUGGUGGUUGGCGUGGCGGGGAUCUAUGACUUCAGGCUGCUGAGAGACAGCAACCCCCAUCCGGCGUAUCAGGAGUUCCUCGUUGGCGCUUUUGGAGAGGAUGAGAGGGCGUGGGACUAUGCAUCGCCUGCGAAAAAUGAGCUCGUGAAGGUUUGGCCCGAAGCAGAGACUGUGGUUUUGGUCAGCUCGAGCAACGAUGGGCUGGUUGAUAAUGGCCAGAUUGAUUGCAUGGGUGCUUCACUGAAAGGCAUGGGCGAGGAGGCCAAGGUCUUGGUCCUCAAGGAUUUUUUUGACAUCCCGCACGACGUCCAGUGGCAAGAGGGUGCCGGGCUGGCAAGCGUGGUUGCUGCGACUUUGCAAGCUUGGAACCUGGAUGAUUGCAAGAAGGGUAGAGGCGAAUAG